CACCUCCCGGCUGUUUUCGGAGUUUCGCUCUAUCCCUGCUUCAAACACAUAUUCCACAGGGAGAGAGAGAGAGAGCAGGACCUGUGAGGAGCGGAACGAACGACCAGAAAAAACGACAAAUGGCACUCAUGGCUGGGAUUUUGUUUACGGCGACCUCUGUGCUGCUUGGAAUUUCUACGUGUGUUUCUUCGGCACGGAUUUACCCCCCAAACGAAGUGACGUUACUGGACUCCAGAUCUGUAGCGGGGGAGUUGGGCUGGUUCGCCAACCCAACAGAAGGAGGGUGGGAGGAGGUGAGCAUCAUGGAUGAGAAGAACAUUCCCAUCAGGACGUACCAGGUGUGUAACGUGAUGGAACCCAACCAGAACAACUGGCUUAGAACUGACUGGAUCCCCCGGGUUGGCGCCCAGCGUGUCUACAUUGAAAUCAAGUUCACCCUGCGCGACUGUAACAGUCUCCCUGGUGUCAUGGGAACCUGCAAGGAGACCUUCAACCUCUACUACUAUGAGUCCAACAACGACAAGGAGCGCUACAUCCCAGAGAACCAGUUUGGCAAGAUCGACACGGUGGCGGCCGACGAGAGCUUCACCCAGGUGGACAUCGGAGACCGCAUCAUGAAGUUGAACACGGAGGUCAGGGACGUGGGAGCCUUGACCCGGAAGGGUUUCUACCUGGCCUUCCAGGACGUGGGAGCCUGCAUUGCCCUGGUGUCUGUCAGGGUGUUCUAUAAGAAGUGUCCCAUGGCUGUGAGGAACCUGGCCCAGUUCCCUGACACCACUACCGGGGCUGACACCUCAUCACUGGUAGAAGUCCGAGGAUCCUGCGUAAAUGAUUCAGAGGAGCGUGACGUUCCCAAAAUGUACUGCGGGGCGGACGGAGAGUGGCUGGUGCCCAUCGGGAACUGCCUGUGUAACCCGGGAUUUGAGGAGAGAAACGUUGAAUGCCAGGCCUGUAAGAUUGGCUACUACCGUGCCCUGGCCACAGACGGUGCCUGCUCCCCCCGUCUCCCGUCAACUCGAUCCAGGCCAAGGACAUCACCAGACACACCAUCUCCCUGGCCUGGCAGCAACCUGAGAAAGCCAACGGGGUCAUAUUGGAGUACGAAGUCAAAUACUACGAGAAGGACCAGAAUGAGAGGAGUUAUCGCAUCAUCAAGACGUCAUCUAGGAACACUGACAUCAAAGGCCUGACCCCUCUGACUUCCUACGUGUUCCACGUGCGCGCUCGCACCGCCGCCGGCUACGGAGAGUUCAGCGCUCCCUUCGAGUUCAUGACCAACUCUGUGUCCAGCUCUAUCAUCGGAGUGGGACUAACUCCACAGUGUUUGCUAGGUUCUGUGGUGGGCAGUGUUGUUCUCCUCCUCAUACUCGUCGGCCAUGUUGUUUUUCUCCCCAGAAGGAGUAAGUACAGUAAGGCCAAGCAGGAUGCUGAUGAAGAGAAACACCUACACCAAGGAGUGAGGAUAUACAUAGACCCCUUCACCUACGAGGACCCCAACCAGGCUGUCCGAGAGUUUGCCAAGGAGAUCGACGCUUCCUGUAUCAAGAUUGAGAAAGUCAUUGGCAUCGGUGAGUUUGGGGAGGUGUGCAGUGGUCGUCUGAAGAUGCCAGGAAAGAGGGAGAUCUGUGUGGCCAUUAAGACCCUGAAGGCGGGAUACACAGACAAGCAGAGGCGGGACUUCCUGUCUGAGGCCAGCAUCAUGGGCCAAUUUGACCAUCCAAACAUCAUUCACCUGGAGGGAGUGGUCACCAAGUGUAAACCAGUGAUGAUUAUCACAGAGUACAUGGAGAAUGGUUCUCUGGAUGCAUUUCUGAGGAAGAAUGACGGGCGUUUCACAGUGAUCCAGCUGGUAGGCAUCUUGCGUGGCAUCGCGUCGGGCAUGAAGUACCUUUCUGAUAUGAGCUAUGUCCACAGAGACCUGGCCGCACGCAACAUCCUGGUCAACAGCAACCUAGUGUGUAAGGUGUCUGACUUCGGCAUGUCACGAGUACUGGAGGACGACCCCGAGGCUGCAUACACCACCAGGGGAGGGAAGAUCCCCAUUCGCUGGACAGCCCCAGAGGCCAUUGCCUACAGGAAGUUCACCUCGGCCAGCGACGUGUGGAGCUACGGCAUCGUAAUGUGGGAAGUGAUGUCAUAUGGGGAGCGCCCAUAUUGGGACAUGAGUAACCAGGAUGUGAUCAAGGCCAUAGAUGAGGGGUACAGGCUUCCCCCGCCCAUGGACUGCCCCGUGGCACUGCACCAGCUGAUGCUGGACUGCUGGCAGAGGGAGAGGGGCGACAGGCCCAAGUUUGGCCAGAUCGUCAACAUGCUGGACAAACUGAUCCGGAACCCCAACAGCCUGAAGAGGACUGGAGGAGAGACCACACGGCCCAGCACCACCCUCCUGGAGCCGGUCAGCCCGGAGGUGGCCUCGGCCCUGGGCUCUGUGGAGGACUGGCUGCAGGCCAUCGGCAUGGAGAGAUACAGCGACAACUUCACCGCAGCAGGAUACACCAGCCCAGAGACUGUGGUUCAUAUGACACAGGAGGACAUGGGCCGAAUUGGAAUCUCCUCAGCUGCACACCAGAAUAAGAUCCUGACCAGCGUCCAGGGAAUGCUCUCCCAAAUGCAACAGAUGCAAGGCAGAAUGGUUCCGGUCUGAUCAACGAGAAGGAAACAACUUAAUUUCUAACGGAUAAUACAAAUUAAAUAUCAAAAGACAAAUGAACAAUCAAAUUGUUUACCUCUUCCAUGCACUUUAAAUUGGAUUUAAAAGAAGAAGAAAAGAACAAGAAGAAGAAAAGUGGGAAAAAUAUGCACUUUUUAUCAGAUAUUAGACCUUGCCCUAUUGAGAACGGGAUAUUUUUCUGUCCGAGCGGCGCUGAGAAUGGGAUGGACGGAAAGCUUUUCCGAGAGGCCAACUGGAGUGCCUUCAACGGUCUGGAAGGAAUUCAGAGGGGAUCGCUCCUCUAGGCAAGAGUAAUAUAUCUGGAAAGUUAUUUUCUGGAAUACCCACAGAGCAGAUUUUUGUCCCGUAGCUGUGUUCUGUUCUGUGUAUGACUUGUUCUCUGUGACUCGCUGCCAUACCCUCGAUUGUCUUUCUCAGCUGCAUCCGUUCGAAUACCAACAGACAAAAUGAAGGAUUCCAACCUCGAGAUAAACACUGAUGUUCUGAAUCUGAGAGGUUGAGGGAGGGAUGGAGGAGGGAGGGGAAGGGGGUUCUGUGUUUUUGCUCUGUUCUGGUCUUGUUUUGUCCCAGAUUGGGCUGUUUUGUUGCCCUCUGGACAUUUUCUCAGAAUGUCUUUAAUCUAAAGAGGUGCAUUCCUACCCCUUGUCCUCCCAAACCACCAUCUCAUCCCUCCUCAAACUCCUCAAACAUAUUUCAUCACCCCUUUUGGAUUACAGCCCGCCCCCCUUGGUCUGAUUAUUGCUCUAUGUUCUUUGACGGACAGCUGUUUGGACCAGUUGGAAUCUUACUGUGUAUUUGUUUCCUGAAUGUGGUACUGAGAGCAAAGGAGUAUGGGGUUUAUUUGGACACGACUGUGCACUACUGCGGAGAGAUGGAUAUGUAACAAAACAACAAUGACAACGACAUCAAAAUAAACAAGAGAAUACAUGCUGGACAUUAUUCAAUCAUCAAUCACAAUGCUGCCGCUGCCUUUCAUCAACAGGAUUCCUCCCUCUCUCCAUGACCAGAAUUCCUCCUCUUCUCCUUGGAGUCUCCUCCAACUCCAUGAUGAGAAAUUCAUCUCUCCAUGUCUGGCACGUUCGCUGUUCGGCGUCGCUCCAUUUUUCAGAACGGACAAACAGACUAGCGAUCCAUGACCACCAUCAACAGCUUACGAAAACAAUAUGAAUGAUUCAGCAAUGCUUAAAAAACAUUUAAAUAAUGUAAUAUAAACUAGACCCUGCUCCAGCAGACGAUGUACUUGUUUUAUGAAUUUUUAAGUUUAUUUUCCUUUGUGUUUUUGGUUUGCAUGUAAAGUGAGUGUAUGGUAACAGCGAGCAUGAGUGAGUGAGUGAGUGAGUGAGUGAGUGAGUGAGUGAGUGAGUGAGUGAGUGAGUGUGUGAGUGAGUGAGUGAGUGUGUGAGUGUUUUUGAGUGAAUGAAUGAGUGUGUAUGUGUGUGUGUGUUUGUGUCUGUAUGAGUGUCUAUGAUGUCUUCAAAGUAAUAUCAAUAGCUGUCUGUUUUUAUUCUACAGUGGAGGGGGUUUACGGAUUUGUUUUUGGAAUUUCAUGACUUGCUUUGUGUCGACAAAAACAAUGUAAAGUGUGCCACUCCUCCUGCUCUGUCAAUCCUCUUCAGCAACAGCGUUUAAAGAGUUUUGAUGUUUUCAACACACCCUUAACUGCAAUGGCUUUAGUAGUGGGAUCCAGUGGAAUAUAUAGACAAUAGCCUCCUGUGCUGACAGAAACCCAGAAGGACAGAUGGACAGUCAGCGGCAUAGGCUCUCUCAUUAGAAAGCAGAGGGGACUCCCCGAGCUGAAGAAAAAUCUUUCUGGAUUUUGAGCAGGGGAUGUAUGUAGUCAACAAGGACUUGAUGCAGAAAAGGGUGAUAAGAAGGGAAUAUCAUUGGUCUCGUUUCAUUUAGAUUUUUCAGAUAUGCACCAAAUGACAGUCAGGUUACAUUCAAAGGACUUUAAAAAAUAUACAAAUUAUACAAUCAUUAUUAUCUGAAUGUUUUUCCAAUCAUAUGUGAUGGUUGACAGACUACAGAUUCCUCCGGCCUCCAUACCAGCCCAGCUCAAUGAUCUUCUCUUUGCUGAAGUUGGGUUUUAAUCCGUCAACGACCUGUCAUGUGGAAAUAUGCAAGAAGUGUGAGGAAAGGGAAACAGAAUGUACUGUAUAAUACUUUUACAUUUAGUUAAUGAUGAAACAACCUAACAAAACACACAUUAAGGUUUGUCAUUGUCUGCCUUCUGAUACCAUAUGAUCCAGCCAUGUAGAUCUAACAUUCUUUUAAUCUUGUUUUUGUUGUUGUAAUAUUUUUAUUUUAUUUUUGGUCAGUUGAUUUAUUUUGUCAAGGAUUUUAGGUACAUGUAACUUAUGUCAUUAUUUAUGGUCUUUUAUAUCUAGUUUGUAAAAUUAUAGCUAUAAUUAAGGGUUGCCAUGUGGUGCAUUCUUAUUAAAGUAGAAACCAUCAAACUG